UCCGAGAAGGCCUCUUCAGUGAGUUUUGUGCGCUCCGUUUCUUCUCACCUGAUCAGCAAUGACUCGGAGCUGGCUCCUGGUCUGCACCUGCCUUCUUGUCUGGCUCCUCUGCUGCCAGGCGGCAAGAAACGCUUUUCCAGAGGAUCAACAGCAGCCGCGUAUCAUCAAUGGGACCGUGGCCAGGGUGGACGAGGCGCGCCACCUGGUCUCCAUCCGUCUCCUUCGGCACGACAACAACUUUGGCAGUGGCCACAUCUGUGGUGGGGCGCUGAUCGCGCCCAGCAAGGUCCUGACGGCCGCCCACUGCCUGUACAACAAUCAGAGGAAACGCUUUCGCCGGGCCAGCGAGUUCAUCGUGGUCCUGGGCACGCUAAAUCGCUUCGAGCGGCGCAACGGGACCAUCGUGUCCCAGGUGACCUCGAUGGCGUACAUGCACACCUUCAGCCCAGACUCCAUGCGCGACGACGUGGGUAUCCUCUUCCUGCGCACCGGACUGCCGCUGCCCCCAGCCGGUGUACACCUCACAGUGGCCCCCAUCCAGCUGGCGGGUCAGGUCACACCGCCCGGCAGGAUGUGCCAGGUGGCCGGCUGGGGACGCACGGAGCAAAGCUCCCUGUCCAACAUCCUGCUAACGGCCAACGUGAGCACUAUCCGGCACCAGACCUGCCGGAUGAUCUAUAGUUCCGGUUUGCUGCCCGGGAUGAUGUGCGCCGGCCGGUUACAGGGCGGUACCGAUUCCUGCCAGGGCGACUCCGGCGGUCCGCUGGUCCACGAGGGACGGCUGGUGGGAGUGGUUUCCUGGGGCUACGGAUGUGCGGAGCCGGGCUUGCCGGGCGUCUACGUGGACGUUGAGUACUACCGCCAGUGGAUAGAGGAACGCAGUGGGGCACUCCCGCACUCCAGGACUGACCCCCAGAUGCUCCUGCUCCUGCUCCUGCUCCCACUGCUGCUGCGCUACGUUUUAGUUAUAUAGAACUCGCUGAUUUCUGGAUUACCUUGUAA